UACCCUGUUUGUAGCCCUACUUUCAAAGGCCAAGUCGUAUAUAAAUUGGCGAUAGCUCGCUUGAUCGAUUGGGUGCCUCGGGAAGACUUUUAAAUUAGACGUCCUCAGCAAACCAAAUAUACAGAGCAGCCGAGAAAGCCAACCAAUUAACUAUUCUAGUUUGUGUCCAACCGCAUUGAAAUUCUACGUACGUCCGAACAAUGAACUAAGUACAUUUCUGCAAGUGCAAGUAACCUUGACCUCCUCAUUAUUCCCCGCCUUGAGUUCCUCGGCCUGCGGUUGAAUGAAAAGCGACAUUGUUUCUUUAAGAUUGGACGUGAAGUCAUCGGCGGGUCUGUCCAUUGUUGGGGGAACAGAGAGCGAGUUGAAAUUGAUAAACGGUAGGGAAACUACAAGUUGGCUACAUUAUCAGCCGAGCAGCUGCAGCGAGAGCGCCACUAGCCAACAAGUGUUGAUUACAUCCUUCCAGACAUGGGUUGCUACGACUGCUGCCUGCGCUGUCUCAGCGGGGUGCCGUACUGCUCGCUGGUGGCCACGCUGCUCUGCUUCUCCGGCAUCGCCCUGUUCUGCGGCUGCGGGCACCAGGCGCUGACCGAGACCGAGAGACUCAUCGAGACCUACUUCGCCCGCAACCUCCAGGACUACAUUACCCUGGCCUACAUCAUUCAGUACUUCCAGUAUGUUAUCUACGGCCUGGCGUCCUUCUUCGUGUUCUACUGCAUCGUGCUGCUGGCCGAGGGCUUCUACACCACCAGUGCCACCAGGCAAAGCUUCGGCGAGUUCAGGAGCACCAUGUGCGGUCGCUGCCUGAGCUCUUCGUUUAUCGUGGUGACGUACGGACUAGCUGUUGUGUGGCUGCUAGUCUUUGCCUUCUCCGCCCUGCCGGUGUACUUCUUCUACAACAUGGACGCCACCUGCCACACCAUUGAAGUCCUGACCGAGACCCCUGCCAGUAUCAACCAGUUGUGUGUGGACGCCAGACAAUACGGCCUCCUACCGUGGAAUGCAGUGCCGGGGAAAGUGUGUGGCACGACACUGUCCAAUAUUUGCAAGACCAGAGAGUACCUCAUGACAUACGAGUUGUACGUCGCUGCCUUCGCUGGCGCUGGCAUCACUUUGUUGGCACUGCUGACCUAUAUCGUGUCCACCACUUACAACUUUGCGGUGCUGCGAUAUCUGGGGAGGAAGGGUAUAGGGCCACGGUGUUAGGAGCAGCCCGGCUGCCUGCUCUCUGCACUGCACAUCAAACACUGGGACCUGAGUAGACCUCUACCUACUUAUUCUGCAGCACCUGUGGUGUCAUUUCUUUGGGUUAUGGAUUUUUCCGGAUUUUUUUACUUUUGCUCCCCCCCCUCAUUUUAUAUUGCUUGCCACAUUACCGUUUGUCAUUGAUUCAUUUUUUUGGGGAACUCAAUACUAGAGCCUGUUUUCUCUGUGCUCUUCUCCUUUCUGCCUUCCAUACAAAUGUUUGUAAAUCUUGUUUCUCGUAUGUACAUUUCAAGGUCCAUGUGGAUGCUGUAUUGUAUUCAAAUAACACAAGCUUUGAUAGAUAAUGACAUUAGGCCCAAAAAAAAGUCACACAUAUUGUGUCACACAGAUGGUUGGAUUUUUGUCCCCAUGGCAACCGUCCUUCACAUCUGGUUGCCAUGGUGACAGGACAACCGUGCAUUAUUGUAGUCCCAAAUUGACCUCGGGACUUUUUCUCACGGGCAAGCAAAAAGGGCCGUUACAAUGGAGUCAGGCGCGCAUUAAACAGCAGGCCUUUCAGCCCCUCGCCCCCACACCCCCCCACACACACACACACACACACCCCACACCCUCACACACCUAGGGCUUAGGUUCUCUGCCAAGGGUCAUAUUCCAUGUCAAGGCAGAGCGAGAGUGCUCAGGACAAAGACAAGGACAAAAGACCUCUGACAAGAAAAUAUCUAAACACAAGCCCACAAACUGACCACCCCACGACACCCCCGCUCACCCACAGAUGUAUGGCACCCCAAUAAUUGAAUCAAUUCAAAGGGUCCUCUGCCAACAGAGGGAGAGAGAAGUUAGAGGGGAGACAAAGUUUAUAUAAUUCUAAAGUUUCUUUCAGGGUAAAAAAUAAGUAAUUGUAAAGUUGUUCUGGGAUUGCAAAGGUACUUUGCGUUAUUAUCUAGCAUGGCCAUAUUAUUAGACAUACAUUAAUACUACCCACUCCUCCCUUGCCAUUACUGCAUGGAGGUACUUUUUGUAGGGUUGUACUCAAUUUACAUGCCUAAUGCUUAUUUCUCAUGAUGCAGAAGAAAAGGUUGAAAUGUUAACGCGCUAGAUUCAAAUUUUGGUUUAGCUUUUAAGAUUUAAAUGAUUGAAGGGUUUAUUUUGUAUCGGGUAAAGACAUACAUCAUCAACAUUUUCUCUUAAUUCUUUAGGAAUUUCCUUAGUUAUUGUAUAACAGGCGUAUCUGUAGAUAAAACUACUUAAGUAAUUUAAACUUUGAGUACUAACUAUUGUAACCAACUUGGUUCGUCAUUAAUUUGUAAAGUUUUACCUGGUAGAAAGGUUUAAACAGGCUGUAUGCAAGGUUUUGUUUUGGGUGUUUUAUAAUAAAAUAAAUGUAUGUACAUUCUUGUUGGGUAAAAGCACAAGUUUAUGUUUGCUUCUGAGAGGACGAGCGUUGUGUUGAUGGGGACCAGGCAGUGUCGGAGGAUCUAGUGUCCUCCAAUGGUGUACUGGAGCGCAUCCUCUCUUCCCUCGCAGGUGCACAGGUCCCUGCAGAUUGCAGUGCGCGUGAUGUUCACCAGGGAGCUAAGACACAGGAAGCAGAGAAAGGGAAUGCCCCAUGGCCCGUACAGAAGCACACAAAGGGACAGAGGGGAAGUCUUGUGCUCUCCAUAUCCUGUGGCCUGACAGCCAGUGUCCAAUCCCACAUCCCUGAUGACAAAUAAAGAUGUGGGGCUGGUGAUCAGAAUAGUCUAGAAGUGUACCAAUGUAUUGGCGAUUCCCAUAAGCUUUCAUUUUUAUGACUAUUGUGGAAUUAUAAUGGAAUUAAGAUGUAUUAUUUUUAUAUGUUGGAAAAUAUCCCAAUUUUGUUUAUGUAGUUAGUCAAUGAUGCCAAAGGGGCUUUUCUUGUUAUUUCCUGACAGAACUAGAGAAAAUAGUUCCUGCAGUAUGAGUGCUAGCAUAUAUGCAGUUAUGCACCGCUCAUCUUUUCUAUGAACGGCAGACAGGGUAAGACUUUUUGUAUUGCUGGUUAUUCUUUUCUUAUCAGAGCCUGUUGUCUCAAAUAAAGAUGGAGUGCUUGCUUGA